AGGUACGUGUUCGGCCAUGCCAUGCUGUCGCCAGCGUGGCUGGAAAUGCUUGGUGCUACUAGCAGUGGCAGCAAUGGCAAACGGCAAAGAUAGCGAAUGCAAAGGGAACCAAAUCCUGGAGAUGAUCGAAGAUUAUGCUCCUCAAUGCAUUGAAGCUUGUGAAGAAGUUUGUCAACCCUUGGGAGGUCUCAUCAUGUCGGUCUUUGCAGGUGAAAUGGAUGCAGCCACCUUGAUCUGUCCAGAUUGGCAGACCUUCAGUUGUAUGGCCAAGACGCCGUUGAUCCUCAGUCACUGCACUCCAUUGUUGGAUGCAGCCCUGAUCUACGUGGGCAUCGACUUACCCAGAUCUGACCAGGAACUUCGACAGCUCUGUGGGAUCACCAGCAGUAGCACUGUCACUGUGACCAGCACGUCACUGCCGUCACUGCCAGAAGUGGUGCCGGAGCCUGAACCGCCUGAACCGGCUCCAAAUCCGCCAGAGGCCACAGAAACGGCUGCAACGGCUGCAACGGCUGCAACGGCCGGAAGUGAAGCUGGAACAGCUGGAAGUGGAGCUGAAACGGCUGGAACUGGAGAGAAUUCUUUGAGUGUGCAAUCGGUGGCCGAACCUUCCACGCCCAGUUCUGCGGAUGCACCUAACAUCACCAAUACCAGCACCAGCACAGCUACCACCACGCUCUUUGUGACGGAAACUGAGACCAGCACGGUGACUGCAACGGUCACUGAAACUACAACUCAUACCGUGACAGAAAGCACCACAGCGAGCACCACGACGCUGGCAGCUUUCGGGACAGUCGACACAGUGUUGGAUGGUGCCAGUGGUCUGAGUGCUCCAUGGCUGUUGCUGGCAAGCUGCAUAUGGAUUUGGCGGUGAAGCAGCCGCAGAAAUCCAUGAAUUCGAACAUUUGAAGCCUAACAUCCAGAGGUCCAUCAGGUCAAUCUGAUGGUUUGUUGAGUUGUCA